UUGAAUUAAUGUUCAUUACAUAAUAUUAAGGGUUGUUUUUGUUUCAUUUCUUCAAUCAGGUUAUUAACAGUGGCUGCGAUCGAUCCUUGAAUAGAAAAAUAAUCCAACUCAUGGGUCCAAGCAAGCUUAGACAAGCAAUAGGGGCAGUAAAGGACCAGACGAGCAUAAGUUUGGCCAAAGUAGGCAGCAGCGCCUCCUUGUCCGAUCUUGAAGUUGCCAUCGUGAAGGCAACCCGACACGAUGAGUACCCACCAGAGGAGAGACAUAUAAGGGAGAUUCUAAGCUUGACUUCUUAUUCUCGAGCCUAUGUUGGUGCAUGUGUCAAUUUCCUUUCCAGACGCCUUAGCAAGACGAAGAAUUGGGUUGUGGCGCUUAAGGCACUCAUGUUGAUCCAUAGGCUGUUAUGUGAUGGAGAUCCAUCCUAUGAGGAAGAGAUUUUCUUUGCCACAAGGCGAGGAACAAGGCUUCUUAACAUGUCUGAUUUUCGUGACUCCAGAUCUAACUCCUGGGAUUGUUCUGCUUUUGUACGAUCUUAUGCUUUGUACCUUGACGAACAUUUGGAGUUUAGGAUGCAGAACCGUAGGGGAAAACGCAGUGCAUUUGCAUACAAUGAUGAUGAUGAAGAAGAGGUUCGCCAUAAUGCCAGGGGUAUAAAAGCUACACCCCUCAGGGAAAUGAAGAAUGAUCGAGUUUUCUCAAGGAUUCAUCAUCUCAUGCAACUUCUUGAGCGAUUCUUAGCCUGUCGACCUGCAGGUUCUGCAAAGAACAAUCGAGUGGUGAUUGCGGCUCUAUAUGCAUUAGUGAAGGAAAGUUUCCAGCUAUAUUAUGAUUUAACAGAAAUCACGACUCUCUUGUUUGAUAAGUUCAUAGAACUAUCAAUCCCAGACUCUGUGAAGGUUCUUGAGAUUUUCUUCAGAAUUAAUAAGCAAUAUGAGGAGAUUGAACAGUUCUACGAUUGGAGUAAAACAGUUGGAGUUACACGCACUACUGAAUAUCCAGAUAUUGACAUCAUUCCACCUAAGAAACUCGAGCGUAUGGAUGACCUUAUACGAGAAAAGUCCUUCAGGGAACAGAGCAGGAAGGCAAUGCGGAAUGAACCAACUGCUGAGCACGUUCAAGAAACUAAAAGGCAAGAACCUAAAACUGAACCGGAAGAGGACAUGAAUGCAAUUAAGGCAUUACCAGCACCAGAGGUAUUACCAGAAGAAAAGACAGAGGAAGAGGAAAAGAAGACGGUGAAAACCCAAGAAGAAGGAGACUUGUUAAACUUGGGUGAAGAUGUUCCAACUUCGGAAGAACAUGGAGAUCAACUGGCAUUAGCGUUGUUUGAUGGUGGUCAAGCAACGACCAAUCCUGCAACAAGCAUUUCACCAUGGCAAGCGUUCAACGAUUCAGGAGAUUGGGAGACAGCACUCGUUCAGUCUGCGAGUCAUUUGUCAAACCAGAAGACCUCCCUCCCUGGAGGCUUCGACACAUUAAUGCUCAAUGGCAUGUACCAACAAGGAGCAGUGUCUCAGGCAGUAGCCUGCUCAGGUGUCGUGGCUACUGGAAGUGCAAGCAGCGUUGCACUUGGCUCAGCAGGACGGCCAGCAAUGCUAGCAUUGCCUGCACCUCCAACCGCAAAUGGUGGAGCUAAUACAGCCGCACCAGGCACAGAUCCUUUUGCAGCUUCACUGGCAAUAGCUCCACCAGCAUAUGUUCAGAUGUCCGAGAUGGAGAAGAAACAGAGACUACUAAUGGAAGAGCAGUUAAUGUGGCAAGAGUAUCAGAAAAAUGGAAUGCAAGGAAAGGUAGGAUUUGCCAAUGCGCAGCCAAACCCUUACCCGUAUAACAUUGGUGGUUACAGACAAACCUUCUAAAGAUUUCACUGAUAAGAUACACAACAAUGUAAUGUCAUUUUCCCUGUGGUCAGCAGUAUCUCAGUAAAAAGGUCAAGUCAUGAAAUUGUCCAGAAAGAAAGUGGCAUCC